CCGCACCACGCCGCACUCCCCCAACCUCUCAACAGUAGUACACUUGUGAGCGAUCUCGGUGUCGUGGACGUGUUGGAAGCAGAAAAUGAAGUGGAAAAUGCAGUGAUCCGUGGACACUUGUGCGCUCGAACGAAACGGCCCGAAACUCAUUAAUGGGGAAAUUGUGUGAUCCAGUGAAAGCCUUAUGCUUGCGGCACCCUUCGGCCUAAGAAACAGAAAAAACCUUCCGACAAACUUGGUUUCGCCCGUCACGGGUUUCAAGAUGGCUGGUAUUUGAAGGCCUCUUUGUCCGCAUGUCACUAUGAAACUUGAUUCCUUUUGGACGGACAAGAAAAGAUCGAGGCAAGAUUCUAUCAUCAAGCGUCAUGCUGAUAAGGGAAUCUAGACUGGGGAAUCUGUGACAUGUUCAUCCAUUGCUCUGGAGCGAACACUGGCGUGUCCCACGUUCACAAGAAGCGGAAGUUGGACCCCAGCCCUCAAGUUGGGCAGGCGGAUUUGGCUGUGCUGCCUGAUGGGCUCUACAAUUUGAACGAGGUGACUGGCCUUCACCCGGUGUCCAAACAUUCAUCCACCAGUGAGCAUCAAUUGCCGCAUCAUACUGUUCCUGUUGGUGCUGCUAAGCAUGCUGUACAGCGAAGUCCCAACAACAUCCCGCAGACCUUUGUGCGUGCCUCCACCAUAAAACUUCUUGACACCUAUCAGCGAUGUGGACAAAAGGUGCGCACAAAGCAGUGCGUAGGGCAGCAAAACAGCUCAAGGCGCAAGUCUUGCUCGCGCGAGGGUAAUGGUGAUAGUGUGGCCACGGCGGCAGCAGCUCCAACAACGACGGCGCACGGCAAGGGGGGAGGAGGGGGUGCGGCAGCCGCAGCGGCCCCUCAAGGCUCCUCCUCUGCAGAUGGCGACUACCAACUGGUUCAGCAUGAGGUGCUCUACUCCAACACCACUCAAUAUGAGGUGUUGGAGUUCUUGGGACGGGGGACCUUUGGACAGGUGGUAAAAUGCUGGAAAAAAGGCACAAAUGAAAUUGUUGCCAUUAAAAUUCUUAAAAAUCAUCCAUCGUAUGCCCGACAGGGACAAAUUGAGGUUGGCAUAUUGUCAAGACUUGCCCAAGAAAAUGCAGAUGAAUUCAAUUUUGUUCGUGCUCUUGAGGGCUUCCAGCAUAAAAACCACACAUGUCUUGUGUUUGAGAUGUUGGAGCAGAACUUGUAUGACUUCCUCAAGCAAAACAAGUUCUCUCCUCUGCCUCUCAAGUUCAUACGCCCUAUAUUACAGCAAGUCCUGACUGCACUUCUCAAACUUAAGCAACUUGGCCUCAUUCAUGCUGACUUAAAGCCAGAAAAUAUUAUGUUAGUAGAUCCUCAAAGACAGCCAUACAGAGUAAAAGUAAUUGAUUUUGGUAGUGCUUCUCAUGUCAGCAAGGCAGUAUGCAAUACUUAUCUACAAAGUCGGUACUAUAGAGCACCAGAAAUAAUAUUAGGUCUACCAUUUUGUGAAGCAAUCGAUAUGUGGUCAUUGGGAUGUGUAGUGGCCGAAUUAUUUUUAGGAUGGCCUCUAUACCCUGGUUCCUCGGAGUAUGACCAGAUAAGAUAUAUCAGCCAGACUCAAGGAUUACCCACUGAACACAUGCUAAACAAUGCAUCUAAAACACAAAAAUUCUUCUAUAGAGACAUGGACAGUACAUACCCAUUUUGGAGACUCAAAACUCCAGAGGAACAUGAGGUGGAAACUGGAAUAAAAUCGAAGGAAGCCCGAAAGUAUAUAUUUAACUGCCUUGAUGAUAUUGGACAAGUCAAUGUUCCCACUGAUUUGGAGGGGGGAGAACUUUUGGCAGAAAAAGCUGAUCGACGAGAAUUUAUUGAUCUUCUAAAACGAAUGCUUACGAUGGACCAAGUGGAACGGCGUAUUACUCCAGGAGAAGCAUUGAAUCAUUCCUUUGUGAACUUGGCACACCUUGUGGACUAUGCGCACUGCAACAAUGUCAAGGCAAGUGUGCAAAUGAUGGAAGUGUGUCGAAGAAAUGCAUACAACUCUACAAGUUCAGGGAACCACCAUCAGCAAACAGCUGCUGCUCCCUCACUUGUAGCUAGCUUUGUACCAAGUUCCAAUGGAAAUGUUACCUUGACGUUCAACAACAAUCAAUUGACAAAUCAACUGACAAAUCAAUAUCAAUUGUACAAUGGACGGCGGCAGUAUCCAAGCCACCAAUUAGCUAUCAACUCUAUCCUGUGUCCACCUGGCUACCAAAGCAUGGCUUCACCAACAAAGCAUUUGACAGUUGUGGCUCAGCAGCCACCUCCACAGUUGCAAAUACAACCACCAAUCAUAUCUCAGCAGGUUGGCAGUCAGCAACAAUAUGUACCCGUGCCUGUAUCAGUAAUGGAGCCCAAUGGCAGACAAAUGCUUUUGACAAAUGCUGUUCAGACAUCUUGGCCUGCUAACAGACAAAUGGCAAUUGUGCCAUCUUGGCAGCAGUUGUCUGCUCAUCAAGGUGCCAUUCAGCAACCUCUACUUUCUGAUGCUGGGGAAUGGGGAAGGGGCCUGAUUGUGGAUUCAAGUGCACUAUUGCAGGAUCAGCGACCUGUAUUUCCUGUUGAUGUGGCUGCUGAUGUGUACUCAGCGGGUGAUUCAAGCUUAGUUGAUGGAAGUUGGCCUAAUGUGGCAGGUACUAACACUACUAGUAGUGGGAGUAAAAGGGGCGUAUCAAAAGCCAACCAGCAGCAAACGGUUUCACAACACCAUCACCAUGGCCACCACCAUAACCAUUUGUUGAAUGUUCCUGGUGCAACACAUACCAACACUCAACAUAGGCAGGAUCAUCGGUCUGACCAUCGUACUGCUGAAGGCAAAAAGGAACAAACUCAGCUAAGCCCUGUCAAGAAGAGAGUCAAAGAAAGCACACCACCUUCAGAAUGUGCAAAUGGAAGAGUGACAAGGAGGCAUACACCUAAUGAAAAUAACCAAUGGCAACAAGUAGGUGGCUCAACACGUCACUCACAUAGAUCUUCUCACAGACAGGGACACUCCGGUAUAUCGGGGCGGCAGCACACCAUCACGAUUGUGGACACUCCCUCACCUGCUGUUUCCGUCAUAACAAUAUCUGACAGUGAAGAUGAGUCGCCGUCAAAGUGUGCUGCUCCUGCAUCUCAAGCAGGUAACACUGUUCCGGCUAACCGAACUGCUGCCCCGAACAGCACCGCCGUAGCGGCGACAGCUGUGCCAACCAUAACAACGGCCAAUGCAGGAGCCAGUGUCAGUAAUCGGCACUGUGCCAAUGUUAUCUCGUGCGUGACUGUUGCUGACAGCGAUGGCGAAGACCACCGCAGCCCUGCCAAGCAUUCUGCUUUGCUGCAGCAGCAAUAUCAACUUCAACAACAACAACAACAGCAGCAGCAUCAGCAGCAGCAACAGCAUCAGCAGCAACAACAACAACAGCAGCAGCAGCACCAGCAGCAGCACUCCACUUACCAUCACUCACACCAGUCCCAGGUCGUCCAUCAAGUCAAGCACGAACCGAACCACAGCUCAAGCUAUGCGACCAGCACACCAUCACACUCCCAGAAGAAGCGUCUCCUCUCCAAAGCUCAAUCGGAGUGUGGAUUGCCAGGGAGUGGCAUGAGUCAAGGUCUAGCCACAAAUGUGAUCACAAGUGUGAACCCUGAUCAAGCCAUGGGCCAGGUCAUGAACCAGGUCAUGGGCCAAUCUAUGGGACAAGCCAUGGGUCAGGCAAUUAAUCAAGCCAUGACGCAGGCCGCGACCCAGGCCAUGACCCAGGGCCCUGAAUAUACCACAAUGACUAAUUCUAGUCUCAUCCACAACACCCUUACUCAUAGGGACUAUCUGCUGCCCCCAAAUCAACACCAAACUCACAAUCAUCAGUCAAGUCAACAGGUUCUGCAGUCCCAACAACAGACACAGCAACAUCCGCAGCAGGCUCAGAUCCAACAGCACCAAGUGCAGCAGCAGCAAGUGCAGCAGACACAUCAGGUGCAGCAACAGGUGCAGCAAGUGCAGCAGACACACCAGGUGCAGCAACAGCAAGUGCAGCAGCAACAACUUCAGCAACAGCAGGUUCAGCAGCAGCAAGUGCAACAGCAACAGGUGCUUCACCCGGCCUGCCAUCCUGGCAACUGCAAGGACAUGGGUGGCAUCGGGGUUGCCGUGAGCACUGGGACGGGCUACCACUAUGUGUCGACUUCGGCGGCGGCACCCAUCCCGGAGCAGCACAUCGUCUACGCCAGCGGAGACAAGCGCAUGUCGUGGGCGCCGCCCGCCGCCCAUUCAGGCAGGGACUUCUUGGCGCCGCCCUCGGCGCACGCCAUGGCGUACCACAGCCACGCCGGCCACGGCGGCCACAGCAGCCACGGCCGCCACAAGCGAGAGCCCUCGGUGUCGGCCGUGUCCGUGCCCGUGGUGACGCACCGGGACUACCCCAAGGAGUACGCGCAGCCGCCCGCGGCGCACAACAACCGAGGCGAGCCCGUGGCCGCCGUGGCCGCCGUGGCCGUCACCAGGGACCAGCACCUGCUGGCCAAGUCGUGGAGCACGGCGGCCCUUCACCAGGGCUACAGCCGGCACAGUACGGCUCACUUGUCUCCUCAGCCCCUGGGCCACGCCAGCCACGCCAGCCACGCGGCGGCGCACGCGGCGGCGGCGGUCCACGCGGCGGCGGCUGCGGCUGCACACACGCGCCUGUCGCCGCAACACCCGCACCAGCUGGCGGCAGCGGCGGCGGCGGCGGGGCAGCCCCUGUACCACCAGUCCGACUUGUACCGACGCCCCACCGUAUAUGUGACCACCACUCAGCCUGCGUACCUGCCCGCCGGGCACCAGGUCCCUCCUUUCACCACAGGAAGGGCCCUCCCUCCCCCAGCCCAUCAUGCCAGUGCUCGACCUAUGAUUGCAUCUCAUGCUGCACAUCCAUUGCCAGCGCACAUGCAGCCUGCUGUGUUCUCAUCACAUACUCAGGUUGCAGCCUCGUAUGGUUUUGCUCCACUAAGUCCUGCUAAAACGCAGUACCAGCCUGGCCUUUGGUUUCCCGAAUAGAAAUGCUAUUGGAGCUGACUGGACAACAACUGCAGUUAACUUUUGUGUUAUUUUUCACAUAAAUGUCACUUCAUAAGAUGUUAUCUUUUAAGUACUUAGCUUUGGCUUUAUAUGUUAUCUGUUCAUAAGAGUUAUAUUUCUGUUUAAUGUGUGGUCUUUAAAUUGAUGUUGGCAAGUUUCACUGAUGCAACUGUAAAUUUAUUGUAAAGCUUGGUUAAAAGCAUGAGAGUCCUGGCAGCCUCAGUUGGUGAUGAUGCACUUUAGGUGUUUCUCUAAUAUGAAGUUUAGGAUCAAAUUAGUUUGUGAUGUGUUUUAGAUACUGUGAUACAGAUGUUCAAGAAAUCAAUAAUAAUAAUAAUAAUAAUGUUCCUGAAGGAAACUGAUGGAAGGCCAUUCUUUGAUUCUCAUCUAAGAAUGUAAAAGUGGGGCUUCUAUUAUGGAGAAGUGUAGAACUUGUUUUUAGAUUACACGCACAGUUGGUAAAAUACUGUUUUAUCUUCUACAUUUGAUGUAAUUUGUUUUCCUUUAGUUUGGUUUAAAUUUUAUGUCACUAAUGUACGUCAAGUGUACAUUACUUGUUUUCAUUAUGCUUUGUUGUUUUGCAUUUGAAAAAGAAUGUAAUUAACCAAUCUCAUAAGUGUUGUCAUAAUGGGAAAUCAUUCCCAAUAGUAUGUGUUGAUUGAAGUGUGUCUUUUUUAACCAUUCCUCAAGAUAAGGUGGUUCAAAGUUUUGCUUUUGCUUGCCUUUGUUGUAUAUAGAUGUAUUUAUUGUUAUUAACCAUUAUUGUAUGAUUUGUAUCAUCACAGACACUGUGUGUCUCUGUAAAAUGUGGAAUGUUUCUCAAGUUCAUAACUAAGUUGUGUUUUUUAUGUUAUGUAUGAAUCAUUGUUUAUGUGGAAUGGAGUAGUGCCACACAUGGUUUGGACUAACCCAUCAGUUUUCAUAUUUCAUAAUUUCAUUUUGUUUCAUUCCCUUUGAAUUAUGGUUAAUCAUAAAAUUUCCUUUUCUCUUGGCAUGCAAUAGGCCUGGUGUUAUUGGACCAUCAGGCCGAGAGGUGAUAUUUUCUUAGAUUAGAGUCAAAUCGUAUUUCUUCUGCAACCAUGGAUUUUAAUCAAUCUUUUAAUUAUCAGUAGGAAGGUUGAACUUAAAUUAUUUAUUUUAUUGAAUGGUGUUGAAAUUUCAGUCACCUUCUUCUCUAGUACACUUAUGAAAACCCUCUCUUUUACUAUAUCAUAUUGGGUUUGGCUUCUGUCAUUCAUUUUGGAAUGCAUUGAUGUGUAAGACUACUUGUAGUUGUUUUGUAGGUCAUUACUUGCAUUGCAUUUUUAACAAGGCAAAAAGUACCAUUUACUCUCAUCUCACACUGAGGGUUAGGUGGUUUAACACGAAUUUUGUGAGGGGCAUUGUUCUUCCCACCUUUCCUAAUCUGCCACAAUUUUUACACUUUUUGGUUGUUUUGGUCAAAUCCAUCGUCUCAUCAAAUCAAAGGAAAAUUUAUCAUAUGUUAGCAUUUUAAUAUCCUAGUUAAAGAAUUUCAUACCUACAUACUGAGUCAUAUAUUUUAAUUUGAUUAGCCCUUUUUGCCUUGAUGAUUUUAGUGCUUCUAUUGGCUGGAUGUGUACUGUCAACAUAAGUUUGUUGUUAUUCUCAGUCCAAAAUUAUUGGAUAUUGGUUUUAUUUAUAGAGAAUUGUGGUGGCUUGGGCCUUUUUAAUGUCAUAUUGCAUGAUACUUUAGAAAGAUUUUGUAAGUCUUUAAAAUCACAAGCUUUUUGAACAUGCCUUUAUAAUUGUGAUGUAUCAGUAGCUAUCAAUUGCACCUUUUACAUAUCAAAUUUGAACCCUUCAAGAAACACAAACUGGAUCAGUAAAGGUGACUGGAUUAUUAAUUUUAUGGAAGCCGAGUGUUGCAUUCCAUCGGUGGUGGCAUACUACUUGCUGCUCUGGGCAUGCAUGUGCUGAAGGACUGAAUAUUUCCAUUUUGAAUAUUUUGUUAAUAAUGGGUCAGCUUUCAGUUGCUUCAGUGCAAACCAGUAUCUUAACCUGUACAACAGCAUUUUUGCAUUAGAAGGCAUCCCAUAUUUGUAUGAUUGCUGCUGGAUGAUUGUGGAUCUCGAGGUAAACUUGUGAUUGUUACUGCAAGUUUGAUUGUUACUGCAAGGCUUACUUAUCUUGAAUGUCAGGAGCACUGCAGGGUGCAGAGAGAAAUUCGGAGUACUUCUAAAGGCCACUCCAAGAAUUGGGUACUGUUUUAAUUAUGGGUAGGGCUGAAAAAUGUUUUAUCUUUUAUUGGAUGCCCUCAAACUUACCAACAGCAGAGCUCAGUACUGGUUUUUCAACUGAAUACAGGAGUUUUGCUCGUGAUAAAUAAAUUCUGUACUAUAAUAGAGAAUAUUAUGUUCUAGAGUUAUGUAAAAUGAACAAUAUUUUUGGAUUUUAUGAUUAGAUCUAGCUUUGGUUGCAGUUGCAAAGGUCUCCUUAGUUUAGUUGUAUCAAUUUGGUUUAUGUGUAAAGCCAUUAACUGCGAACUGACGUUUGUACAUAAAAGUAAUAUUCAUUAAGUCAAUGGUUCCUCUUACGGUUUUCUUUUCUUCUAAAUAAUUGCAGUCUUCUUGCUUAAGGUUGUUAUUGUCUACAUUUGUUUGGGUGAUUAGUAUUACAUUUAAUCCUGCAAGUCUUAGUCCAGUUGUGGACUGUGUGUGAUUGAAUCACACAAGUAACCUAAAGUGUAAAGACGCUGCAGAAAUAUCAAACCUGAUAAUGACAUUUAAAAGUACAAUGUAUGAUACUGGGAUUACAUCAGUAUCCCAUGGUUUGCGUUUGUUUAGUGAGUUUAUUGUUGGGAAGGUGUUGUUUCUUACUGCAAUUAAAUAAAUCAAUAUGUUGUGACUUUGCAUAAAUAUACAACUUACCAGUAGCUCUUUAUUGAUUAAAUGGUAGUACAUUUAAGUGAAUUCACUUGAUACGAUAACUUCUUUUAAUGAACUGCACGUUUAAAAGUAGUUGUGAUAGAAUUUAGAUGUAACAGAAGCUUUUCUUAUAUCUGAUAUUUUGACUUGAUUGGUUCAUGUGUUUCACUCUGGAUAGCUUAGUUCCAAAUUUUUUUUUUUUUUCCUUUUUGUCUUUUGCUUGCCCGGUCAUUAUUGUGUUUUUCCUGUUGGUGAUGGAUUUUACCACUGUCAAUCUUGUUGUUGCUAGGUUUUCACUCUGAUUUGUUUUAAAGUGCUCCCUUUCACUUCCUAGCAUCCAAUCUCCUCUAUUAGUGAAAGCUCUCCGCAUUCUUAAAUCUUACUUGAUAGUGUUGCAUUAUGGAAUUAGAGAGGUUAAAAUUGAAAGAACAUCUAAAUCCUUCCCCAAAUAACAUGGGUAUCCACAUGUGUCUUAAAAGAAAUGAAAUUCGAAUAUGACAGGUGGAGAAUGUAAUAAACCAAAGACUAAAAAGAGCUGCUUAUUCACCAGAGGGGAUCUGUAGUAUUUCAAAUGCCAUUAUGAUAAAAUUCAAUUGCUUGGUUUUGUAUUAGUAUUACAUUUUUACUUGUGAAAUGUCAGUUACCAAUGUGUGUAUGCUUUUUUGUUCUUUUUUUUUAACAAUACAAUUUGAUUUUUUAAAUUGUGCUCCCAUUUUUUUUCUUCUUUUUUCUUUUCUUAUCCAUUUUUGACUAACAUGACUAAACACAAAUCAUUUCAAAAUUAUUACAUCAGUCCUAUGGUAUGUGGCAUUUCACUUGGACAGUUUUUCCUUCAAUUCUUAGAUCACAAGUCUGCCAAGUACUCUUCAGUAGUUAAUGUUGCUAUCAGAUGAUUUCUAGUGUUUCAACUUGUUCAAAUUUUUAUUCAUACCAAUGGCGACAAAUGUGAAGUUUGCAAUUGUGCCAAUGAUGUUCCCUCGCGUCAUUUAAAUUUUGAUGUGAGGAAUUCUAAAAUCCCCAGUGGGUCAGCACCCAGAAGUGAACCAUAUAUUAUUGAUAGACUGAACUAUAUUAUCAUUUGUACAGUAAGAUACCUGAGGUUCUUAAUAAUAAUGUGCUGAGCGAGUUUUGUUCACUACCAUCUAUCUAUCUCAGAUAAAGUAUCUCGCUUUCUAACGGUAAAACAGAAUUGGUAGCUUUUAAGAUGCAGGUCAAAUUCGUUUAUAUGAUUGCAUGACCAUUUGAAGUUGGAAGUUCGCACUUUGUUGCUGAGUUAUUGAGACUGUGUUGUGUGGAGCACUGUAGGCGGCUAACUAUAUAUUAAUUAGUGGUUGUUAACUGUUUGACUAGAUUUUGCCUAUCUAUAAUUCUGUUAAUUAUGUGUUUGAAAAUAAUGUCCACGUUUUAGCUAAUCAUAGCAAACUGCAAGGACUGUUCCAAUAGACUCACUCUCUUGGCUUUACCGUGCCAAUAUUUUGGUGUAUUUGUGAUAAUAACCUUUGGUGAAGUAUUUAAUACUUUGCAGCACUUAGCAUAUAGACCAAUUGAUAGCACACCUCGUGUAGUGUGGGUGUUUUUUCCCUCUUUUUUAUUACUUCAUUAUUUGACACAUUAUGAUUCAUUGAACAGACUAUUUAUAGUCUGGCCAUGAACCAGUUAUAGCUUGGAUAUCCCUACCAUAAAGGAUUCAUGUUGUUAAUGUCUAAUAUAAGCAUCUUUUUCCAUUUUUUGAAGAGGGCUGUUCAUACAUUCUCCACUCAAAAAUUCUGAUUGUCUUUUGACUUAAUCAUUUGUGGCAAAUGUCAUUAAGAUGAGUAAACAAAAUAACCAGAUAACAUUAAUCACACAGUUUAGGCUACCCCUUGACAUUUUAUGCUUCAUUCAACCUGCUUCAAGAGAAAUUUAUCUCAUUUACUCUUGUUCCUUGAAUUAUGCAUAUCAAUUUACUGCCUCAACACAUCCUUCAACAUUCAAUCAGCUUCCUUUGCAGGGCUGUUGCAUAUCUAAAUUUAUUGACUUAAAUUUGACAAAAGCAACCAGCAUCAUAAAUAUUGCGUUCCCAAUUAUCUAUAAGGUUGUAUGCACUAGAGGAUCAGAUCAUUUGUUUGGGAAGUAAUAAUAAUGUUAGCUUACCACCUGCCAUUACUGUCAUGACCACAUUAGUAUAAACAUCAAGUAAUUUAUAUUUGUUCUAUUUCAGAAAUUUGUGUUAUUAAAAUGAGUGUGUUAAUUCUACCUCGUUUGAAGCUUAGUGUUGCAUUGCCAAUCAGAUUACUGAUCUUAAUAGACUGUAACCACACUAUUGGAAGGACUUUUUUUUUCAAAGAAGUUAACUCAUUUUUGGUUCUCGAAGUGGUGCCCUCACUACAUUUAUUUACUUGUCUUAAUUAUUUAAAUUCUUCUUUAUUCUCAUUACAUGUAUUUAAUGCAUGUUACAGUGGGUAUUAUAAUUAGUUCUGGAAACUUAAGAGAGUGAAAUGCUGGUUCCUUGGCUUGGCUUGGCUUGGCUUGUAGGUUGUACCUUUUUCUUACUCUGUGUAUGUAUUCUAUUUCUAGUAUUGCUUUUUUUCAUAGUCAAUGAGGUGGCUUGUCUUGUCGAAACUGUUCAGUAUGAGUCAAGUCCAAGCUAUGGCAGUGGCUUUCCUUCAUUUUCUCUAUUUCCGAAAUUCAUCUAGUUUUUCCGUCCGUGUGUCAUGUUCUCCAAACCUCAUUUGAAAAUGAAAUGUUUAGGUCAAAGUCCUCAUGUACUCCACUUGCCAUUUAUUGUUGCAUGUGUGGAUGGCUUUAUAGUGUUUUGUGUUGGUUUGAAUAAAUCUGUCAAAGUAAUUCUUAUAUCUGAUACAUACAAAUACUAUUAACAAGUUUUAAAUAUUUUAUAUUGUUAAAUGUGAUAUUAGCAAUUGUCCAUUUUCUACACCAGCACCCUUUGAUGUUUAAAAUUUAUGCUCAUAUAUAUUACAUGGAUAUCAUUGUGUGACAUUCUUAAUGUAAAUGCCUAAUUGGUGUUGACUUUUUGCCGUCACAGUUAUGCAUGACAGCCUCUUAAUCGCUACCAUUUUAACAGUCUGUGUACAGCAAUGUGUAGCUGUUUGUUUGCAUGAGGCUUUUGUGGCUGUGUUAAAUGGUAUGCUCAAAUGAUACAUGCUGUCAUGGUUUUUCUGGUAAGGGGCUAAAUGUUGAGAAAUGCAUGGUUCUUUGAGAGGGCCUAAUGGUUGUUGCUUGUGAAGUGACAUGACUGACUGUAGGAGUGACUUACCUGGGAAGACAAUGAAUCUUCAAGUGUUACAUGCUUUGCUUUUUACUUUUUGAUAAUAUACCCUGUCUAUUUAACUGUAUUUUAAUUCCCAUCACAAUUUUUCUCUUGUCCUGUGACAUUUUUUUAAUCUUUCAAAUUUGGUAUGUGUUCAUGGUGUGGUAGUGUGCGUUUAUUAAUCCCAAAAUAGGUAUUCUGAACUUUAAAAGUAGGUUACUAGACAAGACAGAUGGGUCGUAACCUUGCAGUGAUUUUACAAUAUCUCUGCACAAUCAUUUGCGAGUUUAUAUAUUGCAUGUGCAUGAGAGUUACAUAUUCUUGUACAGGGUGCUUUGUGUGUUGGUACUUUUAGCCUUUCUUGUGUAUAAUUGCACAACCAUUUGUUAGGAAGACAAAAUUAGUGAAAAGAAUAGUUGGUUCUUGAAGACUUUUCCCACACCUCAUUAUGGUGGCUGGAAUAGUAUAUUAGAGUUGCGAUUCAUGGUGUCAUCAACUACUUAUUUAGUACAAACCUCAUCACAUAUAUCUCACUGUCUCCCAAUUUCAACAUGAGACGAGCACAAUGUUGAAGUGUUCCUUCUACAAUCUAAUGACUUUUUAUCUUAGAGAAAAAUAUGUGAAUCCUGUGUUAUGGACCAGAUUAUUUAAUUUGUAGUCAUCCCUCUCUUUUAAGCUCAUAUACUGUUAAUAAUGGGCAAGGGAACUGGGGGGAUGCAGUUGGCAGAGUUGUAGCUACAAUGUUAUGUGUGGAAAUCAUAGGCAGCAGUGAUAUUUAGCUAUUGUCAGCUUUAAUGUCUAUAGUAGAUUCUGCUGUCAAACAUUUAUAUGUAUUAGAGUUUAUUUUGUCUCACUGUAAUAUCUGGUGGGUGGCCCUGGGAGCAAGUUAAAACAUUAAACCUUACGUGUAAAUUAUGAUAUGGUUAUAUUAUUAACGCACUUAACUAUUUCAAAAAGUACAUAUUGAAGAAGUGUUAGAGUCUAUUUUGCUUGUAUCCAUCUCCUAGUCAGUAGAAUGGGGAAAAAGUGUUGUACAACUAAGCAAAAAUUAAAAAAAAAGAAAGAGAUAAA